GGCCGGGCUGGGUCGAGCUGCGAUGCCCUCGGACUUCAUCUCAUUGCUCAGCGCGGACCUAGACCUGGAAUCGCCCAAGUCCCUGUACUCGCGAGAUUCUCUGAAGUUACACCCAUCACAGAAUUUUCAUAGAGCUGGACUAUUGGAAGAAUCUGUCUAUGAUCUUCUCCCAAAGGAGUUACAGUUACCUCCAUCUAGAGAAACAUCUGUAGCAUCAAUGAGUCAGACAAGUGGUGGUGAGGCAGGCUCGCCUCCUCCAGCUGUAGUUGCUGCUGAUGCUUCUUCAGCUCCCUCCUCUUCCUCCAUGGGCGGUGCUUGCAGCUCCUUUACCACCUCUUCCAGCCCUACCAUUUAUUCUACCUCAGUCACCGACAGCAAGGCUAUGCAAGUGGAGAGCUGCUCCUCAGCCUUGGGGGUAAGUAACAGAGGGGUAAGUGAAAAGCAGUUAACCAGUAACACAGUUCAGCAGCAUCCAUCAACACCGAAGAGGCACACAGUCUUGUACAUCUCACCACCACCUGAGGACUUGCUGGAUAACAGUCGGAUGUCCUGCCAGGAUGAGGGGUGUGGAUUGGAAUCAGAGCAGAGCUGCAGUAUGUGGAUGGAGGAUUCCCCCUCCAACUUCAGUAACAUGAGCACCAGUUCCUACAAUGAUAACACUGAGGUACCUCGUAAAUCACGAAAACGAAAUCCAAAGCAGAGGCCGGGGGUCAAACGACGAGAUUGUGAAGAAUCUAAUAUGGAUAUAUUUGAUGCCGACAGUGCCAAAGCACCUCACUAUGUGCUUUCUCAGCUUACCACGGACAACAAAAGCAACUCAAAAGCAGGAAAUGGAACACUGGAAAACCAAAAAGGAAGUGGAGUAAAGAAGAGCCCUAUGUUAUGUGGACAGUAUCCUGUUAAAAGUGAAGGAAAGGAGCUGAAGAUAGUUGUACAGCCUGAGACCCAGCACCGAGCUCGGUACCUGACUGAGGGUAGCCGUGGCUCAGUAAAGGACAGAACACAGCAAGGCUUUCCUACAGUAAAGCUGGAAGGCCAUAAUGAGCCCGUAGUGUUGCAAGUGUUUGUGGGUAAUGACUCUGGUCGAGUGAAACCACAUGGAUUUUAUCAGGCCUGCAGGGUUACUGGGCGAAAUACAACUCCCUGUAAAGAAGUGGACAUUGAAGGCACUACUGUUAUAGAAGUUGGUCUUGAUCCAAGCAACAACAUGACACUGGCGGUGGACUGCGUAGGGAUAUUGAAAUUGAGGAAUGCUGAUGUUGAAGCCAGAAUAGGAAUUGCUGGUUCCAAGAAAAAAAGCACUCGUGCCAGAUUGGUUUUUAGAGUUAAUAUCACGAGGAAAGAUGGCUCCACUUUGACACUGCAAACACCCUCUUCUCCGAUUUUAUGUACUCAGCCAGCAGGAGUGCCAGAAAUCUUAAAGAAAAGCUUGCAUAGCUGUUCAGUGAAAGGAGAGGAAGAAGUAUUUUUAAUUGGCAAGAACUUUCUGAAAGGAACUAAAGUUAUUUUCCAAGAAAAUGUUUCUGAUGAAAACUCUUGGAAGUCAGAAGCUGAAAUUGACAUGGAAUUAUUUCAUCAGAAUCAUCUUAUUGUGAAGGUUCCCCCAUAUCAUGACCAACAUAUAACUUUGCCGGUGUCAGUGGGAAUAUAUGUAGUGACCAAUGCUGGAAGAUCUCAUGAUGUUCAGCCAUUCACUUACACUCCAGACCCAGCAACAGCUGGUGCUUUGAAUGUAAAUGUGAAGAAAGAAAUAUCUAGUCCUUCAAGACCUUGCUCUUUUGAAGAGGCCAUGAAAGCAAUGAAAACUACUGGUUGUAACUUAGAUAAGGUAAAUAUUCUUCCUAAUGCUCUGAUCACUCCACUCAUAUCAAGCAGUAUGAUUAAGAGUGAAGAUGUUACUCCAAUGGAAGUAACAGCAGAAAAAAGAUCUUCCCCUAUUUUUAAGACUACAAAGACAGUUGGAUCAACUCAACAAACAUUAGAAAAUAUCUCUAACAUAGCAGGAAAUGGGUCUUUUUCAUCGUCAUCCUCUUCCCACUUACCUUCUGAAAAUGAAAAGCAGCAGCAGAUUCAGCCUAAGACAUACAACCCAGAGACCCUGACAACUAUCCAAACACAGGACAUUUCACAGCCUGGUACCUUUCCAGCAGUUUCUGCUUCCAAUCAGUUGCCCACCAGUGAUGCACUACUGCAGCAGGCAACCCAGUUUCAGACCAGAGAAACCCAGUCUAGAGAAGUGCUACAGUCAGAUGGUACAGUGGUUAAUUUGUCACACCUGACUGAAUCAUCCCAGCCACAGCAGCAGUCACCACUACAAGAACAAGCGCAGACUUUACAGCAGCAGAUUUCAUCCAAUAUUUUCCCAUCACCGAAUAGCGUGAGUCAACUACAGAAUACGAUUCAGCAUUUGCAAGCCGGAAGUUUUACAGGCAGUACUGCCAGUGGCAGCAGUGGGAAUGUUGACUUGGUCCAACAAGUUUUAGAGGCACAACAACAGUUAUCUUCAGUUUUAUUUUCUGCUCCAGAUGGUAAUGAGAAUGUUCAAGAACAGCUUAGUGCAGACAUUUUUCAGCAAGUCAGUCAAAUUCAAAAUAGUGUAAGCCCUGGAAUGUUUUCCUCAACAGAACCAGCAGUCCAUACUAGACCAGAUAAUUUAAUAGCUGGAAGAGCUGAAAGUGUUCAUCCACCGACUGAAAACACAUUAUCCAGUCAGCAGCAGCAACAGCAACAGCAACAAGUGAUGGAAUCAUCAGCUGCGAUGGUGAUGGAGAUGCAGCAGAGUAUUUGUCAGGCGGCUGCCCAGAUCCAGUCUGAGCUAUUUCCUUCCCCUGCGUCAGCAAAUGGGAACCUUCAGCAAUCUCCAGUUUACCAGCAGACGUCUCACAUCAUGAGUGCGUUAUCUACCAAUGAGGACAUGCAAAUGCAGUGUGAAUUGUUUUCUUCUCCACCUGCAGUUUCUGGAAAUGAAACUACUACAACCACCACACAACAGGUUGCAACCCCUGGCACGACCAUGUUCCAGACAUCAAGUUCAGGAGAUGGAGAAGAACCUGGAGCACAAGCAAAGCAGAUUCAGAACACUGUCUUUCAGACCAUGGUCCAAAUGCAACAUAGUGGGGACAGUCAAUCUCAAGUCAACCUUUUCUCAUCUACGAAAAGUAUGAUGAGUGUGCAGAAUAAUGGUACUCAGCAGCAAGGUAAUGGUUUAUUCCAGCAAGGUAAUGAGAUGAUGUCACUCCAGUCUGGGAAUUUUUUGCAGCAGUCUUCUCAUUCACAGGCUCCACUUUUUCAUCCUCAAAAUCCUAUUGCUGAUGCUCAGAACCUUUCCCAGGAAACUCAAGGUUCUAUUUUCCACAGCCCAAGUCCUAUUGUCCACAGUCAGACUUCUACAACGUCCUCUGAACAAAUGCAGCCUCCAAUGUUUCACUCUCAGAGUACCAUGGCUGUGCUCCAGGGCUCUUCUGUUCCUCAAGACCAGCAGUCGGCCAACCUGUUUCUUUCCCAAAGUCCUAUGAAUAAUCUUCAGAGUAACACAGUAGCCCAAGAAGAACAGAUUUCAUUUUUUGCAGCUCAGAACUCCAUUUCUCCACUUCAGUCAACAUCUAACACUGAGCAGCAAGCUGGUUUCCAACAGCAGGCUCCAAUAUCACACAUCCAGACCCCUAUGCUUUCCCAGGAACAGGCACAACCCUCCCAGCAAGGUAUGUUCCAGCCUCAAGUGUCGCUGGGCUCCCUGCCUCCUAAUCCAAUGCCUCAGAACCAACAAGGAACAAUCUUCCAGUCUCAGCACUCGAUAGUCGCUAUCCAGAGUAACUCUCCGUCCCAGGAGCAGCAGCAGCAGCAGCAACAGCAGCAGCAGCAGCAGCAGCAGCAGCAACAGCAGCAGAGCAUUUUGUUCAGUAAUCAGAACACCAUGGCCACGAUGGCGUCUCAGAAGCAGCCACCACCAAACAUGAUGUUCAACCCAAGUCAAAAUCCAAUGGCUAACCAGGAGCAACAGAACCAAUCCAUCUUUCACCAACAAAAUAAUAUGGCUCCAAUGAAUCAAGAGCAGCAGCCCAUGCAAUUUCAGAACCAGCCUCCAGUUUCCUCUCUUCAGAACCCAGGUCCUACCCAGUCUGAGUCGCCACAAACCUCCUUAUUCCAUACCUCUCCUCAGAUUCAGUUGGUCCAAGGGUCACCCAGUUCUCAAGAGCAGCAAGUAACACUGUUCCUCUCUCCAGCAUCCAUGUCUGCUUUGCAGACUAGUAUGAACCAACAAGACAUGCAGCAGUCUCCUCUUUAUUCCCCUCAGAACAACAUGCCUGGAAUCCAGGGAGCCACAUCUUCACCUCAGCCACAGGCGACUUUGUUUCACAACACUACUGGAGGCACGAUGAACCAACUACAGAAUUCUCCUGGCUCAUCUCAACAGACUUCCGGAAUGUUCUUAUUUGGCAUUCAAAAUAACUGUAGUCAGCUUUUAACUUCUGGACCAGCUACCUUGCCAGAUCAGUUGAUGGCCAUAAGUCAGCCAGGCCAACCCCAGAAUGAGGGCCAGCCACCUGUGACAACACUUCUUUCUCAGCAAAUGCCAGAAAAUUCUUCACUAGCAUCCUCUAUAAACGCCAACCAGAACAUUGAAAAGAUUGAUUUGCUUGUUUCAUUGCAAAACCAAGGGAACAACUUAACUGGCACCUUUUAACUGGAUGAAAAUUCCAUGAAGAAAAUUCUGAUUCCAAGAUGUCCUGAGAACAUGUGAUUCCAUGAGGAUUUUUGAACUGUUACUUUAAAAACAAAACGAAGUAUGAAAAACUGUGAUUGAGUAAAUGGGUAGAUUUUACUCUUACUGCAAAAGAGCACAUCAGUGCUGCCUGUUGCAGUGAUUAGCCACCGUUGGUAACGUCUUCAUAUUUUAUAUUCCUAAUAACAGUGAUGACUGAGAAUCUAUUUAAGUUUCCAGCUGACAGAAUUAAUUGUUGCUAUUUUCCGAGGCACUGUUUCUUUAAAAGUACAGUUUAAAUCCAAAAGCUGGACUGCUCAGUUAUUAUUGCUAUUAGAAAGUAAUUCAUAAUGUCAUGUUUACUUUCAUUCUUUUUUCAUUUUUCAUAUUUUAUUUCCUGCAUUGUUUUAGUCAAGUAAUGGCUUUUAAAAAAGGAAAGUUCAAAUAGUAACGAAAACUAAGGCUGUGAUUUUUCAAUAUAAAAAGCACAGCUAUUGGCCAAAGUGAAGGAAUAUUUUUUCAGCUUUUACGGAGAAACUGAAGGGGUAACAUUCUGAUAAGUAAGCUGUAUUAAGAGCUCUACACAGAUAAGAGGCUUCUUUAUCACAAAGGCAGACAACACACAAACCGAAUGCUAUCAAUUUUAUUUUUCAGAGAGUUGUUAAUUCUCUGUGUUUCUCUUAAAGGGUUCAGCCAUAACUGUGCAUAGAAUAAUAAUUAUCUUGCUCUAUCAAAAAAAUGAAGGGGAUAAUGUGUGGUAAAUUAUGUUCUGAUAUCCUCCUACAGCAGUUAAAACUGACAUAGCAAUUUGAGUCUUUCUUUUUAUCCCAGUCGUGGACCGAUGUUCCCUUUUUAUAUUCAUUUAUAUUCUUCUCCCCCUCUUCUUCACUUUUUUUUAGACAAUUAGUAAUAUACUGUUAGCUUUGUGACCCUGUAACAACUUAAAGGAAGAGGCCAUUUUGGUGUGGGGUAACCCAGCAACUCCUGCAGCACAGGUGGGGCAGGGGGCUACCCUUUCAGGAAUGAGGGGAGCUGAUUCCUGAGAAACAAACAAUGCAUUUUUUUCCAUGAACGGUGCUGUUCUGAAGUCUUCAAAUUUUCCCUCUAAUAGGAAACAGUGUACAUUUUAAUUAAAAAAAAAAAAAAGGCAAACUAAAAUUUCUUGAAACAUCACUUCUCCCUGAACUGCAGUGAGUGUAAUUCACUUGUCACCUCAGUGCUUUACAGUUUGAAGUGGUCACUUAUCUGAUGGUUCCCACAAGCCUUGGGCUUUACAGGGUCAUAUCAUUGACUUAAAAUGAAGAAUUAACUUGUGUUACAUCUAUAGAGAGCAAAAUUACACACUCCAGAAUUUGCAGUUGUAGCAUUAGUUAUACAGUUCUGGGUGUUCUUGCCACCCAUGGGAUGCCCACUUCUCUUCUCACUACAACCUGUUGUCUGGACACAUGCUUAUGUCUUUUUUCCCUUUUGGCAUGUAGAAAGCUGUUAAUACAGUUUAAGGCCAAAUUGUGUGUGGCUUCUAUAUGUAGAUAAGAUGUUUUGGUAUUCAUGUCCGUUUCAUUUAUUUUUUUAAGUGUACAAAAAAAUAGCCUGUUAAUUGUUUGUUGAAGGCUACUUUUCUGUUUGUUUUCAAUUUUUUUCUGUCCUAUACAUUUGGUUGACCUUUGUGGAAUUGUGGUGUUGGUUUUGUUUAUACAGCCAGAUUUUUUCCCCCUUUUUGUGGUCUUCCUUAGUUCUUUGAAUGUGUUCUUCUAAUUUGUUUUUUCUCUUUGUUCUUAUAUAUUCUUUCCUCCACCCCCAACCCUUUCUUUCUUUCUCUCUCUGAUUGAGAGGCAUUGAAUUACGUUUUCAGUAGUACAGGCUUCUUGCCGAUAUGAAGGGAACUUUUCAGAAAGAGACCUACUCUGGGUCAUUUACUUUUGAAUACAGUUUUCAAUCGUUCAAGUUUUGGAUGGUUUAUAUCUAAUGUGUGUUUCAUUUUUUUGGAAAGCUAUAUUUUGUAUUUAGGAAAUGGUAUACUAUUUUGCUAUUUGUACUGAGUGAGUACAUUGGCAUAAAUAUAGAAAUUUAUAUAUAUACAUAUAUAUAAACUAUUCUUUUUUUGCCACACAUUUUUGUGGUUAAAUUUGUGAGUUUGUCUGAUGUUCUACCACAACGUGGCGUCUGAUAACAGUUGGGGGGGGGGGUUUGUUAUGUCUUUAUUGAGUAUUUAAGUAUCUUUUGAAACAUAUGACCUGUUCAUCUGUGGCCAUUCCAUCAGGCAGUUCCUUGAUGUUAUUAGUGGGCUAAAGGCAGCUUACUGUGUGUUUGCUGGAUCUUUCACUCCGCAAAAUGUUAAGAGUAAGGAAACCCAUCUAGGCAGUUAUGUCAAAUGGUGUUUCAAAAGAAUGAGCCAUUCAGUCCUUGCUCACUAUAUAUUUAAUAUUUUAUUGUUAUUGUUAUUAAUUGGCUUUCUGUAUUGUAUGCCUUUUAUUUAUAAUGACACUAAAAAAAAAAUCCCAUGUUUGUAAUUUUAAUAACAUUUUCCCCAUCUUGUAAUAUCCAGAGCUACUUUAUAAAUUCUCUGAACCAAAAGCAUUUUCCUCAAUAUAUCAUCUCUCCCCACCCCGUCAGGAAAAAUUACCCAAUAUAGUUCAGGUUAUAAGAAGGACAGCCACACAAUCCAGUGCUUCAGUUUU